CCUCUGCCAGCCCCCAUUUCCUCCCUGCACGGGACACAAAGAUCCCAUUCCCGAGCCUGCAGCAGGGCAGAGGCGGAUCCAGAGCGAUCCCAGACCUGCAGGAGGAGGCUGUGGCUGUUCCCAGCAUCCACAUCCAGCUGGAGACAUGAGGUCUCCAGCCCUUCCCGUCCUCCUCCUCAUCCUGCUCCUCUCAGCCGGGGCCUCUGCAGCACCGAGUUUCGUGGUGGUGUCCCCGGCUGUGCUGUACCACCCCCACCCUGCCACGCUCUGGGUGCACCUCAGUGACCUCCAGGGGCCUGUCCAGGUCCGUGUCCAGCUGCAGGGGAGCAGCGGGACCCCGGCCACCACCCUGCUGAGGAGAGAGGUCCUGGAGCCUCAUCUGCACCUGAACGUCACCUUCCCCGCUCCAGCCCCUGCCACAGGGAAGGAGGAAAUCGUGGAGCUGCACGUCUCGAUCCAGGGAGAUUCCCUGAAUGUCUCCGAGUCGAAGAAGGUGAUGCUGAGAGCCCUGGAGCCCGGAAUCUUCAUCCAGACAGACAAGGCUGUCUACAAGCCUGGGCAGGAAGUGAAGUUCCGAGUUGUCUCUUUGGACAAAGACCUGAGCCCCAGCAACCAGAAGCUGCCCCUGGUGUUCCUGAAGGAUCCCAGCGGGAAUCGCAUCGCGCAGUGGCGGGAGGUGACCCCUCGGCAGGGAAUCGUGGAUUUGUCCCUCCCGCUGGCCUCGGAGCCGGCCCUGGGCACCUACACCAUCAGCGUGGAGGGGAAGAGCCAUUCCUUCAGCGUGGAGGAAUACGUGCUGCCCAAGUUUGAGGUGACCAUCCAUCUCCCCAGCGCGCUGCGGACGAAGGACGAGAAGUUCCCGGUGGAGAUCUGCGGGCGCUACACCUACGGGAAGCCCGUCCAGGGGAAGGUCCAGGCUGACCUGUGCCUCAGCCAGAGGCUCUGGCCUCUCUACAGGGAGACCUGCACCCAGGUUACUGGGCAGACGGGGAAGAACGGCUGCUUUUCCACAGAGGUUUUGUUGGCUGCUUUCAACAUGACCACCUUGGAGACGGAUGAGAAACUGGAAGUCAAGGCAUCGCUGGUGGAGGAUGGCACAGGGCUGGAGAUGAAGAGCACCAAGAGCUGCGAGGUUCUACCCGAGAAGAUCACGGUCACCUUUGAGAAACCCGAUCACGUCUACAAGCGCAGCCUCCCCUACACCGGGAUGAUCCGGCUGAAGAGCGCCGACGGCUCCGGGCUGCCCCAGAGGCAGGUCCUGCUCUUUGUCUGGAACCAGGGACAAGAGAAGACCCAAAGCUUCCUGACAGACAGCUCGGGGAGAGCCUCCUUCCAGCUGGACGCCUCUGGCUGGAGUGGCAGGGUCUCCUUGCGGGCUCAAGUCAGCAGGACAGCUCAGAGCCAGGACGAGCACUCAGGAGUCACCCACGAGGAUGCCUUUCUGUCAGUCAUGCCCUUCUCAUCGAAGAGUGGGAGCUUCCUGCACAUCCGCGACCCGGAGGGGGAGCUGCCCUGCGGCCGUCCCCAGCUGUUCCACGUGGAUUCCAUCUUCAGCAAGGAGGCUUUAGGCAGUGGGCUGAAGAACCUGGAUCUGGUUUUCAUGGUCCUGGCCAAGGGGACCAUCACCACCAUCUUCAAGAAAGAGGUCUCUGCAGAGCCUGGACAGAGGGUCUCCAUCUCCCUGGAGCUGCCCAUCGGGCUGGAGCUGGCGCCCAUGGCCAGGUUUCUGGUCUACGUGGUGCUGCCCAACGGCGAGAUGGUGGCUGACAGCACCGAGCUCUACGUGGCCAAGUGCUUCCCCAACCAGGUGACGAUGGCGUUUUCAGAGGCCAGGGCCCUGCCUGGGGCGGCGCUGAGGCUGCAGCUGGGGGCGGCCCCGGGCUCGCUGUGCGCCGUGCGAGCCGUGGAUCGCAGUGUGCUGCUCCUGAAGCCCGAGGCUGAGCUCAACGCCGAGGCCGUCUACAAAGCACUGCCCGAAUUCAGCUACCCCCCCAGCAUCCAGGAUGAAUCACCCUGUCACUUCUACUGGGACGACUCCAAGAUGGAAACCUACAAGUUAUUCCAGGAUGCAGCCCUGAAGCUCUUCACCAAUGCCAAGACCAGGGGGGAUUGCUUGCCAAGGUUGAUAAUGUUCGGAGUCCCUGGUCCUAGAGGAGAGGUGCUACUGCCCCGUUUCACGGCAGAAAGCGAAGAUGUCUCAGUACUCAUGAGCAUGCCCAGCCCAGCCAUCCAGGUCAUCCAGGACAGGGAAGAGCCCCCAGCCCCCCGGACGUACUUCCCAGAGACGUGGCUGUGGGACCUGGUCCCUGUGGGGGAGGGCGGCUCUGCUGAGGUGACGGUGACAGUGCCCGACGCCAUCACAGAGUGGGAGGCUGGGAUGUUCUGCACGGCCCCGCAGGGCCUGGGGCUGUCCCCUGCUGUCACCCUCACGGCCUUCCAGCCGUUCUUCGUGGAGCUGGCGCUGCCCUACGCCGUGGUGCGCCACGAGACCUUCACCCUCAGGGCCAGCGUCUUCAACUACCUGCGCCAGUGCCUGAGGGUUCAGGUGACGCUGGCGGAGUCGGCGGAGCUGGAGGUGUCACCAGGCGCAGGGGACAGCUACAGCAGCUGUGUCUGUGCAGACGAAGCCAAGACCUUCCAGUGGGGUGUGAGAGCCACCAGCCUGGGGCAGGUGAACAUCACCGUGAGCACCGAGGCCCUCAGCUCCACCGAGCCCUGUGGCAACGAGCUGCCCCUGGUGCCGGCCCAGGGCCGCGUGGACACCGUGAUAAAGCCCCUGCUGGUGCAGCCCGGGGGGAUCCUGGUGGAGAAGGCUCACAGCUCCCUGCUCUGCCAGGAAGGUGCUGAGGAAGUCUCCUUGGAGAUUCCUGCAAACAUCCUGGAGAGCUCCCAGAGAGCCCACGUCACCGUGAUGGGUGACAUCCUGGGCAACGCCCUGCAGAACCUGGACAGUCUCCUGGCCAUGCCCUACGGCUGUGGGGAGCAGAACAUGGUUCGCUUUGCCCCCAACAUCUACAUCCAGCAGUACCUGGAGAAGACCGGGCAGCUGCUGCCGGACAUCCGCACCAAGGCACAGGGCUUCCUGCAGAGCGGGUACCAGCGGGAGCUGCUCUACAAACACGACGACGGCUCCUACAGCGCCUUCGGGAAGAGCGAUCGCGAGGGCAACACCUGGCUGACCGCGUUUGUCCUCAAGUCCUUCGGGCAGGCCCGCGCCUACGUGGCCAUCGAGGAGCGGCACAUCACGGACGCGCUGCGGUGGCUGCGGCGGCACCAGAGGGAGAGCGGCUGCUUCCGCAGCGUGGGCAAACUCUUCAACAACGCCCUGCAGGGCGGGGUCUCGGACGAGCUCUCGCUCUCGGCGUACGUGGCGGCAGCGAUGCUGGAGCUGGGGCUGCCCACGCUGGAGCCGGCGUUGAGCUCAGCGCUGAAGUGCCUGGAGGCCUCUCCCACGGACAACCCCUACACGCAAGCCCUGCUCGCCUACGUGUUCGGGCUGGCGGGGCUGCGGGAGCAGCAGCGGGCGCAGCUGCAGCGCCUGGCCCAGCACAGCGUCAGCGCAGACGGGCAGCUCUCCUGGCGCAGGAAGGGGCAGGCUCAGAAGUCCCCGGAGCCGUCCUGGGCCGCGGCCGCGCCGGCCGAGGUGGAGAUGACGGCCUAUGUCCUGCUGGCCUACCUGUCGCAGCCCUCCGUGUCCCCGGCUGACCUGGGCACGGCGGCCCGCAUCGUCCGCUGGCUCUGCAAGCAGCAGAACCCCUACGGGGGCUUCGCCUCCACGCAGGACACCGUGGUGGCCCUGCAAGCCCUGGCCAAAUACGCCGCCCUGACCUACGGCAGCAACGGGGACUUCACGGUGACGGUGACAGCGCCCAAGGGGACAGCGCAGGACUUCGUGCUGGACAGCAGCAACCGGCUGGUGCUGCAGCGGGCGGCCCUGCCCGAGCUGCCGGGCACCUACGGGCUGCGAGCCCGCGGGCAGGGCUGUGCCCUGGUGCAGGUGACCCUGCGCUACAACGUGCCCCCCCCUCCCAGCACGGGGGCGUUUGAGCUGCGGGUGCAGACAGAGCCGCUGCCGGGCACACAGAACCCCCAGUUCCUCCUCCGGCUCUGGGCACGGUACAGUGGGGAGCGUCCUGUCACCAACAUGGUCGUCAUCGAGGCCAAGCUGCCAUCGGGCUACAGCCCGGACAAGAAAUCCGUGGUGGAGCUGAAGAUGCACAGCCUGGUGAAGAAGGUGGAGGUGCAGCCCGACCAGGUGACCAUUUACCUGGAGCAGCUGAGCAAGCAGGAGGAGACCUUUUCCUUCCGAGCCCAGCAGGACUUCCCGGUGAGCAACCUCCAGCCGGCCACCGUGUCCCUGUAUGACUACUACGAGACAGGUGACCGUGUGGACGUGGCCUACACCGCACCCCCCAGCUCAGAGGAGGACAACGUCUAACCCAGCCUGGAGCCUGCCAGCCCAUCCCUGCCCCAGCUCCUGCAGCCGCCAAGGACAGCGGUGGCUGAGGCUUUCUGCUCCCACCCUGGCCAUGGCCCCGACCCUCCACGGGGCCACGAGGUGGCCCAGCACCACUGGCCCCCAGCAGGGCCCCUCUGGAUGGAGCCACAGCUCCCUCCCCCAGGCCCAAGGACACGCACGGCUCCUCCGGCCCCGCCACGUGCCGGACUCGGCUGAGCAGCCACAGCGGGAACUGCACAGGGACAGCCCGGGGCCACCUCCUGCCACCCCUGCACGGGGACUCUGGGGGGCCAGCUCUGGCCUCUCCCCUCCCCACAGCACCUCAAGGGGACCCAGAGCUCCUCCCUCAUGCCAGGACAACCCCGGCAGGUCCCCACCACCCCUCAGCCUCCCUGGGAGCCACAGUGCCACCCCAGCCCCAUCCCCAGCACUGCCACGGUUCCAGUGUCACCACGAGGGCCUUGGGGACACUGCAAGCCCAGCACAAAGCAGUCAGCAGCCUCGUGGAGAGAAGCCAGGGCCUGGUGCACCCCAGACCCUGCCCUGGGUCCAAAUAAAGACAUUUAGUCAAGCA